AUGGGUCGUGGAGUUAGCAGUGGAGGGGGAGAGAGUUCUUUGGGAUAUCUUUUUGGAGGUGGAGAAGAAAUUAAAAAACCCGCCCCAAAGAAGGUUGAUGCUCCUCAGAACCAGGCGCCAGUUCCAAGCACUGAACCACCUUCUCAGAAGCCUACUGCUCCAACAACACCUGCAGAAGUCAAUAAGCAGACUCCAGCAGGCGUUCCUGGGAACACUUCAAACAACUAUUUCCGAGCAGAUGGCCAGAACUGUGGCAACUUCCUCACGGAUCGGCCAUCGACAAAGGUGCAUGCAGCUCCUGGUGGUGGAUCAUCCCUAGAUUACCUUUUUGGAGGCGGUAGCAAGUAA